GAUCAGUGUUUUGGAUUAUACUAUAAACUAUAACUGACUUAGUUUUUCUACUGUUCUCAAACAGGACAAUAGAAAAUAUAUUUUUUCUCCCUUCUUCGCCUAUUUUUUGCUCAUUUUUUUGUUAGCCUUAUAAUAAUUAAAAGAGCAAGAAGAUGGCUGAAGAGGAUAAUGAUUUAUAUAUGUACGAGUCCCCUAUGGGUAAGAUAUCGCUUACUGGUCGACAAUAUGCUGUUAAUUUAUUUCUCAAGCCAAAACUGGAAAGAGGUAGUUCAUUUCUUAUUAAAGAUCAUGUAGAUAAUGUUGGAGGAUUGAGAAAAGUUCAAGAAAAGAAGAAAUUAUACAACAAUGAAGAACACCAUAGUGAUGACGGAUGUCUUACUGAUUUAGAGGAAGAGGAAAAGAAGCCGAAAUCAGCUGACUUACACGGAAAUAAAGUUUAUCUUAAGAGCUGCAAAAAACUUGGAAUUAGACCGCUAAAGUCCGUUUGUAAAAGCCUAAAUACGAAGAAAUUAUCAGUUAAAAGAAGAGGAUUAAAUUCACAUCAUAUCUUAGCAAUAUGUAACGCCUUAGUAGAUAACAAAACAGUUGAAAAUUUGGUGCUUGAAGAUAAUUACUUGAAUGACAAAAGCGUUCAAUACGUAUGCAUGCUACUCUGCGAUAAUAAUACGAUAAGAGAAUUAAAUCUUUGUGAAAAUCAGGUAACAACUUCCGGUUUUCAUUAUGUAUCAGAUAUGUUAUCGAUAAAUAGAACAAUAACGUACCUUAAUUUGAGUGGAAACAAUCUUGGCGAAAGUGACGCUGAUCUCUUAUCAAAUUUAUUAUCGAAGACUAAAACUGUGAAAUCUUUAAUAUUAAGUCGGAAUAAUUUUGGUGAUGUUACUUGCAAAACGAUUAGCGAACCUCUAAGUUCAAAUGAAAGUUUACGAAUAUUCGAUUUUAGUUGGAACAAGUUUAGACCGAUGGGUGGAGCCUUUUUAGCCAAUGCUCUCAAAGUUAGAAACAUUUUUCUAACGGUUCUAAAUUUGGAGAUGAACGGCUUAUCGUUCUUUGGAACAAAUAUACUAUCAGAUGCUCUUGUGGAGAAUGAUACACUUGUUGAAUUAAACCUUAACUCUAAUAGAAUAUUUGAUUCGAGUGCAGCAUCUCUUAGUAAAAUUCUCUUAAAGAAUAGUUCAUUAAGGAUUCUUCGAUUACGAAAUAAUCCACUAACUACUGUAACGGUAAUUUCAAUGUUGAAUGCAAUAAAACGUAACGAAGAUAGUCAACUUUGUCUUCUUGACAUAGGGACCUUACAUAUAUAUAAAGAAGCUUACGGUCUUAUCGAGGAAUUAGAAAACGCCAAAGCAGAUUUUGUGCUUCAUUAUGGAGGCUUAAUUGGUUCGUCAACUGACUAUGGAGAAAAAGAUAUAGAAUUAAUGCAGGCAAAGAAUCCCUUAACUAUUCUUAAAGAGUACAUUACAUCCAAAGGUCUUCGACUUAUAGAUUUUUUUAAGCAAUUAGAUGCUGAUGGAUCCCAAAGCGUUUCUAGAAAAGAAUUUGUUGAUGGUUUAAAAGCGAUAAAUGUUCCAUUAACAGACGCUCAACUGGAUCAUUUAAUAAAGACAUUGGAUAGAGACGGGGAUGGAGAAAUUGAUUUUGGUGAAUUAAUGCAAGGGGAUAGAGAACACAGAAAGAAACAAAGAGAAUUAGAGAAGAGGAAGAAAAAAAACAGCCGAGUUACGUAA